CCAAGUUUUUGCCUGUUCGUCACCUCCCUGUUUCUUUAGCUGCUCCCUCGUGUGCGCACAGCUUGUGACGUUUACCUUUCCCUGAAAGGUUUCCUGUAAGGAAACUCCUCGGGAAACUUGGAAACACUGUGCCCAAUGUCCAAUAGAUGGGAGCUGAUCAAAUGGAGCAGGACCCCCCCACGAGCAGCAGGAGGCUGACCUUUCUGCAGGCAGCCCACAACACGAUCCCAGACCUCAGGCAGUGCCCCCUGACCAUUAAUAUAUUUGACUUUUAUUUAGACAAUGGUUACAUAGAAGGGAAGGAGCUGGACAACUUUUUCCAUCAUCUCCUGGAGAAAGUGGGACCAGAAAAUACCAUCACAGAAGAAAAAGUUCAAAGGAUGAAGGAGCAAUUUAUGUCUGCCUAUGAUGUCACUGCAGAUGGACGUUUGCAAAUCCAAGAGCUUGCAAAGAUAAUCUUGCCGGAUGAUGAGAACUUUUUGCUGCUUUUCCGACGGGAAACUCCCUUGGACAACAGUGUGGAAUUCAUGCGGAUCUGGCGCAGUUACGAUGCUGACAGCAGUGGAUUUAUCUCAGCUGGUGAGCUCAAAGAUUUCCUGCGAGAUCUCUUUUUGCAGCAUGACAAGGUGGUAACUGAAGUGAAGCUGGAAGAAUAUACUGAUACCAUGAUGAAAAUCUUUGACAAAAACAAAGAUGGACGACUGGAUCUGAAUGACCUGGCAAGGAUUCUGGCUCUCCAGGAAAAUUUCCUUCUUCAAUUUAAAAUGGAUGCUUGCAGCACGGAAGAGAGGAGGAGAGAUUUUGAGAAGAUCUUUGCACACUAUGAUGUUAGUAAAACAGGAGCACUAGAAGGCCCAGAAGUGGAUGGGUUUGUCAAAGACAUGAUGGAACUGGUCCAGCCCAGCAUUAGCGGGGUGGACCUGGACAAGUUCCGCCAGAUCCUGCUCAACCACUGCGACGUGAACAAAGAUGGCAAAAUUCAGAAAUCCGAACUGGCUUUGUGUCUCGGGCUGAAAAUGAACCCAUAGCCAGGGUUGUGCUCGUGCUUGUGUUUCCCUUGUGAGAUUUGCCUGCUGCUCCUUGUAGAAGUGUGUCUGUGCUGCUGUGUGAGGAGGGGAGCUGGAGGGUGGGAUCUGCAUGGUGGACCUCCAUUCUCCACCAGUCCCUUUGUGGUGUUCACGCGAUGGCGCUUCUUGUGGGUCCCGUUAGCUGUGUUUGUGCCCAUAAGCACAGCAGCUGCUCAGAAAAGUGAGUACUGUUCUUCUCCUGUCCCUAUGAAACAGUGUCCUACCAUUCCCUAGACUAGGGACAAGCAUCUCCUUAAUGAUGUCCCGUCAGUGGUCGCAGAGCGCAAGUACUAGGUGUUUCCGAUGGUUGCCUUAUAUGUGUGAAGUCAUUACUUUGGUGAAUGCUGUGCUUUGUUCAUUUAAAAUAUCAGGUGGAUGACAGUGUAUUUGUGCAGAAAUAAAAAAUGGCAGUUG